AUGGGGUAUUAUUAUCUGCAAUAGUAAGGAUUGGAACGGGUCGACGUAUUUGGUUAAAUAGUAUUUCUUCGUAUGAAUAAACAAGCCUAUUUUCGAACCAAGAUAGGGGGUACAAUAUCAUUGGCAGUGUUAUUUUUAAUGAUAUAUUUCUACUCUUAAAGUUUACGAUCUUUUUUCCUUAAAGAAUAACUAAGAGUUAUCUCAGCCAAUUAAUAUGAAGACGAAGUCUAGUCAAUAUAAUUAGACCAAUCCGAUUUCAUGUUUGCUUUUAAAAUAGAGUAAAAUAAUUUUACUACAUCGCCUUUUUUUAAUUUAACACUGGAAUAAAAGUAAAUUGAUUAAAAUGAUAUUCAAGAAAAUAUUAAAGAUUACCAAAUGGUCAAUAAAGUAAGAUAUCAACCAUCAUACCUCUGGUGCCUUGUACAAGUGAGAGAUUCCAAUCCACUUUCUCUAGAUAUGGGAUUGAUUUUGUAGAAAAUUUCAAUAGUUUUGGAAUUGGUGAUUUUUUAUGUCCUGAGUACAAUGUAUAACAAAUAUCCUAGGUACAAUAACACAAUAUUUGUCGGAGGCACUUACACAAGUAACUAUUAAACAUUAAAAGCAAUCAUUUAGGCAGUGAUUUCCAAUUUUUGACCUUAACCAUUUCACAUUGUGAAAGUAAUGAAUAAAUUUCAUGUGCUUCAAAAGAAACAGUAGAUCGCUAUUUUUCAAGUACUGGUUCAUUUAAACUGCAAAUUUAUACUAUCAAUUAAGUACAGUCGUCUAUUAAAUGUGGUAGAUAAUUAAUCCGUAUAAAUAAAGAUAUGGAUCAGCAUUUUUGGAUGAUCAAAUAUAUUUUACUUUUGUACCUAACCAACUUAAUCGAAAAGCUAAUAUAUACUUUAGGAAAUAUGAGUUCAUUAAUGAUGAAAGUCUAUUGCCAUUCAGGUAUUAAUCAUAAUUAUCAAGUGAUAUAUAAGAAGAUACAGUUUUCCUAAUUGAUCAAUCUGACAUUAAGGAGAUGUCAGACAUCGGUACCACUCUUGAUGCUUCUUAUGCAACCUUCAAUUUUCGAUUAAAUCCAUUCAAAACCAAAUUCACUCGAAGUUUCUAAAAAAUUGAUGAGCUUUUGUCCAAUCUAGGAGGUAUCUAGUAGAUAUUCUUCUUCUUCAUUGGACUACUUGUUGGUAUUUACAACAGAAUACAAUGUAUUAAUAUCAAUUGUAGAAUAGUUUUGGUUGAAUUGGCAAACAAAUUAUUUGAAUUUUAAUUGGAUUCAUCUAUUUAAAACAGAUAAUACCAGGAAAAUCUGGAAUUGAUUGAUGAAUUCAUUUAGCAUAGAGAAAAUCAUCUUCAUGUAAAUUCUAAUGCAGAAAUAGAUGAAAUAGACAAUUAAUAGGUAGAAGACAAACUGUCACCUGAUAUCUCACAAAGAUAUAAUUUACUGAAUUUAUUUUUAAAUACUGGAGGCAUGGUAUAAAAACCUACUAAUCAAACAAAAUCAAGCAAAGAAACCAGCAAACAACAUUAUAUUCUGGCUGAAAAACUGAAGUUCAUAUCUGGACUUGAUUACUUUCAAAAACAAAUAAUAAAAAUAAUAGAACGGCAGAAACCGAUUUAUUUGGAUUUUCAGAUUUUAUGCAAUUAUAUUAGUUGUGGCAAACUCUUUAAAAAUCAACCAAAAGUUAUUCUAAUGAACAAAGCUUUGUAAUUGAUUUAAAUAUUAUCCUUAUAGUGAUAACAUAAUUGAUUAAUUAGAUGUACAUCAUAUAUUAUUGAAGUUGAACGAAUUAGAGAAACUCAAAGAAACUAUAUUGAAUUAUAAAUAAUUGAUGAUGUUCAAUUUUACUCCAAAACCUUUAAUAAAUCUUGAUAGCAUCACCAAGGAACCCUCGAGACAACUCAUAGAACAAAUAGUGAAAUCUCCUGAGGCUAUGGGUAUGAGUAAUAAUCUACAAAAAUAGAUAAGACUGAUUCUGAUACAAUUGAAAUGAUCAAUUAUAAGAAAAUGAGUAGAAAUUAACCAAAUCUUUUUGGCGAUUACCUAAUUUACUCAAAAAUAUUCAAUGUAAUUUAUUUUAUAAUUAGGCAUAUGAUGAUAUAUUACAAUCAAGUGAUACCGUAUAUUCAAAUAGAGCAUUGAUUCAAAAACUUGGACCUGAGUUAUAGAUUGUGUUUAAGUUGUCCAAGUUGAUUGAUAUACAACAUAAAAUUUAUCAUAAACAAAAACAUCCUACUAGGAGAGGAGCAGUGUAGUAGGAAGAGGAAGAUCUAUGUGUAAAAAUGUUUGAUCAACAGAGCCAAUAGAAUUGA